GAUAAUGAACAGCAGAUUGGAAAGAUUAUGAGAUGUUUAACCAGAGAAUGGCAGCCAAAGAUAACAGCCAUAGCUGAGUCUAGAGAUCUUGCAAAGAUGACGACAGCAACACUAUUUGGAAAGUUAAGGGAACAUGAAAUGGAAUUACAACGACUGGAUGAAUCCGAAAUGGAAAGUAGGAAAAAGAAAGGUUUAUCUCUGAAGGUUCAAGCAAAUCAGUCAAAAAUUGAAUCCGAUAGCUGCUCAAAUGAAUCCAGCAGUGACAAUGAAGAACCAGAAAUCGGACUGCUUGUCAAGAAAUUUAAGAAAUUUCUGAAGAAGAAAGAUAACAAAUUCAGAAAACCAUCCAGCUCCAAGACUAGCGACAACAAGCAAAUUACAUGUUAUGAAUGUGGGAAGACUGGUCACAUAAAGUCAGAAUGCUACAAAUUGCAGAACAAAAAUAAAGCUGCAAAAUCAAAAGGCAAAGAACCAGUCACCAAAACAAAGAAGGCGUAUAUUGCUUGGAACGAUAAUGAUGAAUCCUCUGCCUCUUCGGAUGAAGAAGAAGCCAAUAUGUGUCUCAUGGCAAAUUCAGAUUCAGAAUCGGAAAAAGAGGUGUGCUUGACAUCCACUAAGCACUCAUGGUAUUUGGAUAGCGGAUGUUCGAAGCACAUGACAGGGGACAAAUCCAAAUUUCUGUCCUUGACAUUAAAGGAAGGAGGUUUUGUCAAAUAUGGAGACAACAAUAGAGGAAAAAUUAUUGGAAUUGGUGAUAUAGGCAAUGAGUCAACAACAGUGAUCAAGAAUCAAACAGCUAGUAAUAGGACUCCCCAAUAG